CCGCGGGCCUCGCCCUCCCGCGCCGCUCUCCGAUUGGCAGGCGCCCGCGGUGCAUUAUGGGCCGCCCGCGCGCCCGUCCCGUCGCCUCCGCUGCCGCAGCCCCUUCGGCCUUGCUAUGUCGAGCUCACCCGUGAAGCGUCAGAGGAUGGAGUCCGCGCUGGACCAGCUCAAGCAGUUCACCACCGUGGUGGCCGACACGGGCGACUUCCACGCCAUCGACGAGUACAAGCCCCAGGAUGCUACCACCAACCCGUCCCUGAUCCUGGCCGCAGCACAGAUGCCCACUUACCAGGAGCUGGUGGAGGAGGCCAUCGCCUAUGGCCGGCAGCUGGGCGGGUCACAAGAGGACCAGAUUAAAAAUGCUAUUGAUAAACUUUUUGUGUUGUUUGGAGCAGAAAUACUAAAGAAGAUUCCGGGCCGAGUAUCCACAGAAGUAGACGCAAGGCUCUCCUUUGAUAAAGAUGCGAUGGUGGCCAGAGCCAGGCGGCUCAUCGAGCUCUACAAGGAAGCUGGGAUUAGCAAGGACCGAAUUCUUAUAAAGCUGUCAUCAACCUGGGAAGGAAUUCAGGCUGGAAAGGAGCUCGAGGAGCAGCACGGCAUCCACUGCAACAUGACGUUACUCUUCUCCUUCGCCCAGGCUGUGGCCUGUGCCGAGGCGGGUGUGACCCUCAUCUCCCCAUUUGUUGGGCGCAUCCUUGAUUGGCAUGUGGCAAACACCGACAAGAAAUCCUACGAGCCCCUGGAAGACCCUGGGGUGAAGAGUGUCACUAAAAUCUACAACUACUAUAAAAAGUUUGGCUACAAAACCAUUGUCAUGGGCGCCUCCUUCCGCAACACGGGCGAGAUCAAAGCACUGGCCGGCUGUGACUUCCUCACCAUCUCACCCAAGCUCCUGGGAGAGCUGCUCCAGGACAACGCCAAGCUGGUGCCUGUGCUCUCAGCCAAGGCGGCCCAAGCCAGUGACCUGGAAAAAACCCACCUGGAUGAGAAGUCUUUCCGUUGGUUGCACAACGAGGACCAGAUGGCUGUGGAGAAGCUCUCUGAUGGGAUCCGCAAGUUUGCCGCUGAUGCAGUGAAGCUGGAGCGGAUGCUGACAGAACAAAUGUUCAAUGCAGAGAAUGGAAAGUAGCGCAUCCCUGAGGCUGGACUCCAGAUCUGCACCGCCGGCCAGCUGGGGUCUGACUACACAUGGCUUCUGAUGAAUCUUGUGUUUUUUACAAAUUAGAGCAGGGCAGGGACAGAUCAUAGAUUUCUGAUUUUAUGUAAAAUUUUGCCUAAUACAUUAAAGGAGUCACUUUUCCUGUGCUGUUUCA